GACGCAUGCGGAAGGACACGUCACUCUGCGGGACUCACAGGCCGCGGCGGAGCAGAAGGUGACUGCUGCUUCAGGUUCAGACAGAAUCUUCUGUAUACUUUGCCAUUCUUCUCAUUUCCAUCUCAAAGAAAAAAUCUGUCCCUAAGACUAUGUCGUGGAUCAGGGAAGGAGAGCUGAUCCUUGUAGAGAGGUUUUUUGCCAAUAUCAUAAAGGCAGGUCCAAUGCCCAGGCAUAUUGCUUUCAUCAUGGAUGGCAAUCGCCGUUAUGCUCAGAAGUGCCACGUGCAGAGACAGCAGGGGCAUUCGCAUGGCUUCGACAAACUAGCAGAGACACUGCGAUGGUGCUGGCAUCUGGGUAUCCGGGAGGUCACUGUCUAUGCGUUCAGCAUUGAGAAUUUUAAACGUACCAAGGAAGAGGUAGAUGGACUGAUGGAACUGGCAAGACAAAAAUUCAUUCGCCUGCUGGAAGAACGGGACAACUUGAAGAAGCACGGUGUGUGUAUCCGAGUCAUUGGGGACCUGCCGCUUCUGCCACUGGAUCUUCAGGCAUUGAUGGCCAAGGCUGUGUUGGCAACCAAGAACUACAACAAGUGUUUUGUGAAUGUCUGCUUUGCAUACACAUCAAGACAUGAGAUCAGCAAUGCAGUGAGAGAGAUGGCCUGGGGUGUGGAACAAGGACUACUGGAGCCCAGUGAUGUCUCAGAGUCAUUGCUUGAUAAGUGUCUCUACACGAGCAACUCCCCUGACCCAGACCUCCUGAUUCGAACCUCUGGGGAAGUCCGGCUUAGUGACUUCUUGCUCUGGCAGGCAACCCAUUCAUGCCUGGCAUUUCAGCCAGUAUUGUGGCCAGAAUAUACCUUCUGGAGCUUGUUUGAGGCUAUCCUUCAGUUCCAGAUGAACUACAGUGCCUUAAAGAAAGCCAGAGACUUGUACAUAGAGGAAAAGACACGGCAGCAGCUGGAAAGGGACCAGGCUUAUGUGACAAAGGAGCUGCAACAGGAAGGGGCUGCAUCCCGUGGAGAUCCUCGGCGCCGACGAAUCCUCUUGCAGAAACACACUGCCCUGCGGGAAGAGAGGAUCCAGGGUUUUCUGGAGGCUCUAGAACACAAAAAAAUGGACGUCCUUAAAAGACUGUGUACAGUGACAGUGUCUGCAUGAUCUACAUGUUGGGCAGACCUUGUGAGAGGGAAUGGCAACAAGGUUAGCAGUAACCCACUUACCACCCAGAGGAUGUGGUUCCACCAUGGUCAUGUAGGACUGUUUCAAUAUUUUACAACCCCAGUGGCACUUCCUAAAGUGCAAGAAGCAGAGUACUAUGAAGUGUUCUUGCUCUCUGGAUGCCACUGAGGAAGGUAGCAUGUCUAGAUGUCUUCCCUCCCUGCCACUAAAGAUGGAGAAAGGAAUACAUGCCAGGCUAUAUUGUUUCUGCUGCCUAGCACUUUGCAGCUCUGGGCAUUUUUGUGAUGAAGAUGGCUAAACCUAAUUUCCAACUCUGUUAGCCCCCAUCAUGAAUUGGCUGAGGUAGAGCAGUUUUUUGGUUUGGUUCUUUUUUGUGAAACCUGCCCUGGGCCUUUGUGUCAACUGCUUAUGCCACUUUGCAAUGGCAGAUCUUUCUGUGAAACAUCCAUCUAGUUAGUAACAAUAUAGAUGAACAGCUCUUUAAAUGAGAUGUGCUAUUCCUAUUCUGGGUAGAGAACAUAAUUUACAACAUAGAAGAGGAACAUGCCAAGUUAUGGGAAAGAUCAUCCAAAAGCCAGUUCCUUGUCAUUUUUUUCCUUUAUUUCCCCUCCUUGCAUUUUUGCCAGUUCUUGAUAUACUCGCUACCAGUUUCUGAAAAGCUGUAGCAGGAUGUAGGUUGCCACAACCGUAUUGCAAAGAGGAAAAUAAGCAGCACCUUGAUUCACAUUCUUGUUCCACCAUCCUCUCAGCAGUGCCUAAGCAAGCAAGGGUUCAUCUUGGGCACAAUGCUGUUUUUGGAGGAGGUUGGGAUAAGGGUCAGGGGUAGGGGAGGGCGAGACUGGCUAGGAAUCUGAUCUGUAACAAAAGAAAAUUGUUGCAGAGAGAAUGUCUCUAAAGGCAGAGAGAUGCUUAUCAUACACUAAAUCAUUUAAAAAUAUUUCCAUUCAGCUCCUGAGAGCAAACACAGCCUCAGGUCACGAUGCUUUUGGUUCAAGAGAGCAGUCCCCGAAACCACCUCAGUUUAGAGGUGAUGUACUAAAUUUCAGCAGAGAUGUUUUGGGUGGCUGAGAAGUAGUCUGAUAAGGGCUAGACUCUGUUUGAUACUACAUUACCUGUUUUCUCAUCUCCUCUGGCAGGGAGAUGCAUGAGCUUACCUCCUGGUUUUUUUCCAUCUCUAAUUUCUGUGCUUUUCUACAGACAAAAUCAACUUGAAAAUGUCUCCACAGUUUUUCUGAGGCACACUCAAAUUCAUCAGCUCUUGCUGUUUUUAAAGUGUUCCUUUUUACCUCCAGAUGAAAACUAGAAAAUGCAGAUUUUAAAAGUCUUAAGUGCUACAAACUCAGCACAUUGAAUAUGAUUGUGAAAAGGAUAAUUAAGUUGUCAAACCAUGAAUAAAGCAUUUUCAUACCAAACAUUUUUAAAAUAAGCCCAACAUUUAAAAUAUAUGGAGCUCUUCUCUGCGGCUUAAUGAAGAUGACAUCGAGAUCUAACAAAUGCCAUUCCUUAACCUGUGUGUGAUUCCCCACUUUAUUCCUGUCAAAUGGAAAGGAUUAGCAGAUUUUUUUUUUAUCUGAGUAAUUUGUGGGUAUCCCAAGACCAUGUACGAAUAAAUCGCUUUCCAGUGCCGCAGCUUA